UCCAGCCCAGUAGAGUGUACGUUUUGCCUACUGUUUGUCAGAGACGUUGCCUCAUAUUUUUGUUUUAGCAGUGGUACACUUAUUUCCUGACUUUUCAGACAUCACUGAAUAUACUAGGGGAUUUUCAUGUCAGUAGUAUUUAUCUUCUGACUUGCUGUAUCAAUCAUAUUUUUAAAGGAACUCGCCAUUACUAACAGCUGUUAUCCAGAUCUGUGGAACAGGAUUUUUGUUGCACAAGAACGAAAGAGGAGGAGUUUGGGCUUUUCUGUCUCCUUUUGUAUCUUACAGGAACUCACCCACCCUUCUUGAGAGCUGCCUUUCGUUUGCUGUGUUGUCCGAGUCUGAGGCUGCUGCAGACAAGUUUUCUUCAAUUCAGAUGUACGUCUCUUAAAAUGUGUUAUUUGUCAGGUGUGGUCAAGAAUCCAACAUUAAAACAGAUGGCCAGAUCUGCCUCAGUCAAAGCGGCUGUUUCCCAUGGCCAAAUGCAACUUCUAAAAAGCUCUGACAGACCAUUCGCAAACAGAAAUGGAUAUGACGGAAAGAAGAACAAACAAAGUUCUCCUCUACUGUUGGAAAUUGCUUCAGCUGUGAAGCAGACAAGAGAAGGUUCCUUGCAGAACAACAGUCCAGCAGAGGUAGCUGUUCCAGUCUCAAAAUGCAAGGUUGAAAAAGACAAUACUGCAGUGGAAAUGGAAGCCUUUCUUCCUUCUUGUUCAAGUUAUGCUGGAUCAGGUGCAAGGGGGCAUUAUCACAACUGUGUGUGCUUUCUCACCAUUAGUAAUGCACGAAGAUCUACAGACUACAAGUUAUCAGGCAGCAGUUGUGGGCAAAUAAGGAGCAUUACCAUCUCACACUUAGGGCUGCUACAGCAGGUACCUAUUCAGUGGUGGAAAAGCUCAACAGGACAUGCAAAUGGUAUAAGACUGAGACAGGCAAUGCCAGAGCAAGCUGCAAGUGUUACUUACAAGGAUCACUAUGUUCAGUUUAACAAAGGUUCUGCAUGCAGGAUUACCAGCACCUCAGUUACUGAUUACGCCCCUGUGAUUUCAUCCAGUUUCACUGCAGCCAAGGCACAGAAAUUUUCAGGGAGCUGCCACAGGUCAUACUUGGCUCAAUCUUUCCUUCCAUUAGCUUCUAUAGUAUGGCACUGUUUUGGGGGUACCUUUCCACUAGCUGGCAAGGUAACAUUAUUGAAUCUUGGUAACAGUCAUCCUACUCCAUUGUUUUACUGGAGGCACUGCAGUAGGACUACAUUUGGAUAUGCAUACAGUACAGCAAGCCCAGGUUCUGGCAUAUGCGACAAGCAUCUAGAGCACGAGUUAAAGAAAAUCCAGGGCAAGAUUCAAGAGGCUGGAGAGGUGUUAGAUGAAGCGAAAGAAUCUCUGGGGACAGUGUACUUCAGCAAAGACAUGGAGGAAGCAGACCAGCUGGUUGAAGAAGCUAUGAAACUCUAUGAGAAAGUCCUGCUUCAAUGCAGCAACUCUGUUCAGAAGAAGAGGAUGCUCUCCAUACUAGGGCCAGAAAUUGAAGGGAUUGCAUCCAGACAAGUGCAGCUCCGAACGUCUGUACAACAUUAAGAGAAAGAUGUGUAAUAACAUGUGUUGUUCGGUCACUCUUAUGAGCACAGUUUUGUGUCAUUACUCAGGGCUAAUAUUUUAAUCAUUUCAAUAAGUGAAAAAUGGGUGCUCAACAUAAUCUCUGUAACUGCUCCCUUAUGAAGUAAACUUCAAUACAGGUUGAACCCAGACUAAUAACAGCUCAUCCUUCAAGUUGUACACCAGUUCAUCACAAGACCCUAAGUACCAUUUUUGCUUCAGGGAGCUGGACAAAAAAGUUAUGAGUAUGUUUGCUAUCUUUCUGGCCUCCGAUGACACUACUUCAUUACUAGCUGUGAAAACUGAAUUUAUAGUUUGUUUAGUAGGUAUGUAUUUUGUGUCCCUGUUUUUCUUUUAUCUGCUGAUCUUUGUAUAACCACCUCCCCAGAAUAAUGCCACAAGAGGUAUCACUCAGGUUAUUGCAUUCAGUAAUAUAGCAUUCUGAUUGAAGAAAAAUGGUUUCUUUAGAAAUACAGGCUCUUACUGCCACUAUGCUUUCAACACUAAAGCAUCUCAUAUUUUUGGUUUCAAAAUAAGGUGUUUCAUCUGCAGUAUUUAAUUGACAAUAUGCCUUUACUGGGAGCACAUCUACUGUGUGCAUAGUUAGCACAGACAAACUGCAGCAUAUAAGGAAGGUAGGGUGUCUGAGUGCAGCAGCUAUAUGCUCUUAUCGCUUCCAUAUGUUACCCUGCAUAUCAUAUGAGAGAGAGGAUGGAGCUCUAUAAAUAAUUUAAAAAUAUCUGCUUGCUGCCCCAGAAACAAUAUAGUGAGUCAAUAUGUAUACUAAGGAGAUGCUUCUUAAUACCACAAGAGUCCUCAUUUAAAUUUAAUGCUAAGUUCUAUUGAAAUCAGCUUAAAUUGAUCUUAAUGAUACAGAGAAAAAGGAAUAUACUACAUAAUGUACCAAAGCAGUAUGUAUUAUACCAGUGAGGUACACAGUCUGAUUUCACAAAUAAAAACCUUGGAAAACGUAAUUGACAUGGGAGGUUAACUGCACAGCUCCUGGGUCAUAAAUUCAGGUUGGAUAACUCUGGGCAACCACAUUUGCAUGGACUGAGAUGAACAUUCACAAACAUUAAGUAAAUUUAAUGCCAUGUCUCCUCAUUAUAUUUUUUUACAAAUUCAGAAAUGCUCAUAUAUCACUAAAAUCACUCAAACAACAUCCCUGAAAUGAUCACCUACACUAAGUUUACAGUAGACAACACAAGCAUAACUCACAAUUUAUUCUUCCUAAUUUUACUUUUCCUACUUAUUUUUGUGAAGCCUUAAAUGUUGAGAGGGGUUUAUAAAGGUUACCACAAAGUACUGAUUAUAAGUAUCUUUCUGAGUGUCUAGAAAGCACAAAAAAUGUGGUAGGGAUAUUCUUGAAUAUAGAUCAUGUACACUUAGUGUAGGGGUUAAUGAAUACGACCACAUGCCUUUUUACUGUGUCUUGUGAGUACAGAUUAGUAUGUAGUUGAUUGUGAUGAGUACUGGCAAGAUGCAAAAAUAAAGUUAAAUUCCUCUUAGGUUAACUAUUUUGAUGUGAUGCAAUAUCAUCUAGGAGUGGAAGAUACGCAAGAUUUGCUCUCUGGUGACUUAAUAAACCUCAUCCUUGGGAUUAAUCCUGCUCAUUUAGGAGUAUGCUCCUGCAGAUUAUAUCAUAGUAGCAGUAAUGUUAGACUACAAUAUUCCAGACAAAAUUAUUUUUGUUGAUAUUGCUCAUCCCAUUGGGUAUAGCCUAUUUGAAGGAGAGACAGAAGCUGAUCUUCAUAUUGAUGAGAAAUCAUUUGGCCAGGAAAGUUCCUUUACUUUUUUCAGUAAGUGCCAUUUAUCUGAACCACCAACUCAGGCAGAUGGGAUGGUGCUUUAAGCUUAUAUUAAAAGGAUGGCACCUCAGAAGUGCAGUACAUUUACUGGAACACUAAUCCAAGCAAUUGAUGUGGGGAACAGAACCUGCAACCUGGUCUUCCCAGUAUUAAAGGUGUGUUUGCUUUUUGGACUGUAUCAAAUCUUUUCGAGCUGAUGAGCUAUUCUGGAGUAGGAGCAACGCUUUAAAACCCCAUAUAACACAAGCAAAAGAGGUGGAACACAAUGUACAAAUCUCACUAGUCAUAUGUCAGUUUCAAAAACAAACUCUAAACAAUGGGUAAACAGCAAUAACAGCCUUCCUUAGCUGGCAUAUAUACAAUAAAAUGGCAACCACCAAAUCACUGCAUCCUGAAGUACUGGCCCUAUUGGAUAAGCUUAUACUGUCUGUUAUAUUUUCAAAAACCCAUGCCACAAAUGUUCUGUACUAUUUAAAAAAAAAUGAAGCAAAUAAAGCCACCAGUAAAUUUGAUGAAUACUGAAAAGUGCUACAAGGAGAAAGAAUUAAGAGAACAAUAAACUGUACUAGAGGGUAUAAAAAGAUCGCAUGAGAUUGAUUUUUCUGUAGCAGAAAGUUAACUGCUGAGUGCACUGCGAUUUUGUAUUUGUGUUUCUGUGUUGGCAAGGGUUACUGUCUUAGACAAUAGCUGGUAGUAGUACUGCAUUUGUUUAUUUUGUGAGAGAGUACUGCAUUUGUUCACUUUGUGUGUGAGGACAUAUCUAUGAUAUGCUACCAGAUUCUAGAAACUACCAGAGAGGAAGCAAUAUUCAGGAUCAAUUACAAACAAUACAUUAAAUACUUAAUUUCA